GGAGUACUUACAAAACAGGUGUUUAUAGUAGAUCGGCGCGUCAGUUCAUGUUUCAACGCGAGACCUCGAACAUUACAAUGAGCAAAAGUAGCUGCGGACAGAUCGUCUCGAUACCCACCACGGAAUGGCCGGCUUUGCGCGACGUAUACCGAAAAGACUGGCCAAAGAAUGCGUAUAGCUACUAUGCGCUCGAAAAUUAUAUACAGUGGUCAUGCAAAGAUCCCGAGCUGUGCCAGCGAGAAGUGUGCAUUUGGAGUAUUGACAGCAAUUGGCGGGAGCAUGGCAUUUAUAUUUUGGAGGAUAAAAUUAAUCAUGGUCACAUGAUACGAACAGACAUCUGUUCCACCGAGCACACAGCACUUUUUCAGCAAGCUUUACGUUGCACGAACAUUACGUCGUCUUCGGAGUUUCUAUUUCGUGAGAGAACAUGCGCAUACGUGAAGCAGCAUCUCGAAGAUUUUGGCUACCAAAUUAACCUAAAGGCAUGCAAUCCAGCGAAGUUGUAUCUAUUGAGCAAAAGCGAUUGCCGCAAACUGGAAAUUAGACCACGCACCGACUUCAUUAUUAAACCACUCACGUUGAAUGAUGUUAAAGAAGUUGAUGACUUUUGGCCUUAUAAGUCGGCCGGGUCGCCUUACAUUAUAAGCAGAAAUAUCAAGUACAAUCUCUCCAUGGGUGCCUAUCAUCCCGAAAGCGGUGAAUUGUGCGCUUGGGUAAUACACAGCGAAUUGGGCACCUUGGCGCUUUUAUAUGUCAAAAACAACUACAGACGCCGCGGCCUGGCCGAGGAUUUAGUGGUGCGAAUUUGUCGUACCUUGGCCGAGCAGGGUUAUGAUGCCAGCGCGCAUAUCGAGGAUACAAAUGAGGCAUCGACUAGGCUUUUUACAAAGUUAGGGUUCCGGCCUAUUGAAUACAAUUAUUGGUUCAUUAGAGAGGACCACGAAAUUGCUUCAAAGGCAAGCGUCGCGACUGUGGCGGGCCUAUAUGGCCAAACUAUGAAGCAUGGUUCAUCAUCAUCACCAUCGCCAGCAUCAGCACCAGCACCAACAGCCACUAUGCCAGCAACAACUGCCGUCGGCUCCUCUGCCGUGUCGUCAACGGGCUAUUCGCAACUCACUGCCAUCAGCGAAAUCAGCGAACUGCAUCAAUUGCGUGAUUUAUACCGUCGUGAUUGGCCUGCCCACUGUGUGGGCUACUAUUGUCUGAGCAAUUUCAUUGACUGGGUGGAGAAGCGCCAGCGACUGAGCUCAGUGGCGGAUAUGAAAAAUCUGCAGAUUUUCACACUGAACAACGAUUGGCAUGGCGAUGGACUUUUUUUGGUUGUGGACCGUUACCAGCUAUUUGUGAACUCACUGCUGUCCAGCGAAGAAAGCGAGCGCUUGACCACAGCUUUAGCGCUGCUCAACUGGGCUUGGCCGGGCUUUAAAGUGAGCUCCUUCCGGGAGCGACAUCGAGCGUCGCUGCUGAGUGUCGUGCGCGAGAAGCAGUUAAAAGUUGAGUACGACAGCUUAACCAUUAUGUACUACCAGCCCCGGCAGGAAGUGCUACAGCUGCCGUUAAGCUGCCCCGAUGGCUAUGUGCUGCGCCCUUUAAAUGCCGCAACGGAUGCCGACUUAAUCGAUACACUAUGGCCAAAUCGUCAUCAGGGUUCACGCUUCCUGAUUAAACGGCUGAUCGAAUGGAACGCGAAUAUGGGCGUCUACACUGCAGACAGCGGCGAGCUGGUUGCGUGGUGCCUGCGGCUUCAGGGUGGCUUUCUGGGCGCCUUGCAGGUGAAGGAAACUCACAAACGCCGCGGUUUGGGUAGCCUGGUUGCUGCGGCCACGGCGCGUCGUAUAGCCGAGCAGGGCGACGAUGUAAUGGCGUUGGUGAACAAGGAUAAUCGUGCCUCGCGCGCCACGUUCGACAAGCUGGGAUUCAAGGUGGUCGAUAACUGUUAUUGGCUGCGCACAUUUCCCACAAGUGACGUCGAACACGCGUGGCCAGAUGGCGAGUAGCCAGUCUUUUAUUAACUGGUGGGGGUAUUCCCACAUAUUGUACUGUAUAUGAAUGAGCCAAAAGAUAUAAUUAAAUAAAGUUGAAAAGGAAUUAUUAAUGACAA